UUGGUCCAACCCUAGGUACUGCCGUGCACACCCAGUACACCCGUGGCAUCACCCUUGAAUACCUCGAUCCUCACAGUCCCUUCGGCCUCAACGUCAGUCGUACGAAGUCGAAUGUACCAGCAGUACAGUGACGGAAAAAAAAUAUAAAAGAUAAAAAAAAAAAAAAAAUCGAAGAAGAUUUCGGGCCUCGGAUCCGUAUUCCGGACUCCAGGAUUGACGUACCUGACCAAACAAGCUGUCGUUAGAAUGAGCGGGAAAUGACGAUUCCAAAGGUACCAGCGGUUUUGUUACAGAAUUCUCCGCGCGGUUCAAACUGUCUAUAAGAAAGGGAGGACCUUCAAAGCAAGAAAAUGGAGCUUAGCCAAAGACACUGACCCAUAUCUCUUCCAAUCUACUUCUUUUCCACACGUACACCAUACCGUUCGUUUUAUGUUUGAACGCUCAUUCGAAUCUACCACCCGAUUCUUGUAAGGCGGUCAUUCAUCGAGCUGUAUCCUCUGACUGUAUCCCUUCGCCUCAAUCUUUGGUUGAACACUACAACCUAUAUACUCUGCUCAUUCGUUCACGACGCUGGAGGUGACCAUGGCCCCCGCCACCUCUGAAAGACCAACAACGGCCCAAGUCUAUGCCAACCUCCACGGCCUCAAACUGCACUUUCCCAGUCUCCAACAAGAAUCGAUUCUCUCCUCCUUUCCCACGGAGCUCAGCCCGCACUAUGGCCGACUUUGUGAGAUUGUGGAGAAAAACAUUGAUGACAGGAUCGAGGAGCCGGAUAUUAGGGCGAAAGCAAAGAAGAUCAACAUUGCUUUGCUCUGCGCAUAUUGGUGGCCCCGUUCUUCACUUGAGCGGUUGGUGACGAUGAGCUGGUUUGUCUUCUGGAUCUUCGUAUGGGAUGAUGAAGCCGAGGAGUCAUCAACUCAGGACCUGGACUUGGACUCAAAGACCACUUUGAGUGAAAGGGCAUUGAGAUACGUUGCCUUUCACCUGGGCCUUGAUCCUCCAUCUCCCCCAUCUUCAGGCAACAUUGCAUGUGUUCUUCCUUCUUCUCCGCCGACCAGCCGCCGCCACCACCAUCAAUCAGACGGUUCCUCCGACCCCGAUUCCCUCUUCAUCUCGUCCUUGUCGAAAGAGCCGCCCCCGCCGACAAAGUACUCCGUCCUCUUCAAACCUGCGGCCGAGGGCUUCAAACAAGGCUGCACCCUCACUGAGCGAACAAGACUCUAUUCGGAGAUCCAACUGUACCUGCACUCGUCCGCGCUGGAAGUGGCCACCUACGCGGGCGGCAACGGCACAGUUCCUACCGAGAAAGAGUACUGGGUUUAUAGGCGCGGCACGAAUGGGAUCGGAUUCUUCUCUUGUCUGGGGGAGUUCAUGACCGAGAUCACGAUUCCUCAAUAUCUGUUUCAAACAGAAGAGAUGAAGACGCUGUGGGAGGAGUUGGCCAAGAAUGUUGUCAUUGUAAACGACGUUCUUUCCCUGCCAAAAGAGAUGAAGGUCAACUGGCCUGGGCUUGUGGCUAUUGACCUCACCUACCGCACAUCUGGUCAUAAUCUGGAUAAGGCUAUCAAUCUCCUCGUGGAAGAUUUGCGUCAAGUCAGUAACAAGAUGGAAGCAGCUGGUGCGAGACUUCGGGAGAUGGUUGCUCAAGAUCCUGACCCUAUGGUGAGGAAGCAUGUUGAGAAGUACCUGCACUCGGUGUAUACGAUCAUGACUGGGCAUUAUGAGUGGACUUUAGCAACCGAGCGGUAUGGUCUUGCGGAAAGAGGGUGGUUGAAGAGUGAUAAGAGCGUUGCUAUUCCUUUGUAA